AUGGAACCACAUCGUCUUCAAACAUUCGUACGCAAUCGCGUGGUAGAUGUACAAACACAAUCUUCUGCGGACGCUUGGAAGCACGUUUCAUCCUCGGACAAUCCGGCGGACCUGUUGUCUCGUGGAAUAGCACCUAAGUCAUUGGUUGACUCAAGGCUGUGGUGGCACGGACCUAUAUGGCUGGCAGAAGCCGAAGAACAAUGGCCGGUACAAUAUUCUUGUCAGUCCACUGGAAUUAAAGAAACAGCUUAUAGCGCCAACGUGACAGCUAACAAAGAUAAUGACCUUCUGUCAUCGAUUUAUAAGCAUACGCGUGUUCAAGUCGCGGCCAAAGGAACCACUCAACGCCGAGGAAAUUCGGCGAUCAUCAACAACACUGAUAAGGCUAGCACAGAAUCUUUCCCAGAGGAAGUUCAAGCAUUACGCGUUGGGAAAGCCAUAAAUCCGCGGAGCAGUAUCUUAGGAAUAAAUCCCUUUCUGCAUAACGACAAUACGCUCAGAGUGGGAGGUCGUUUAGAACACUCCGAGUUCGAGUUCGACAAAAAACAUCCUGUAAUACUUUCAUCCAAGCAUCACUUAACAAAACUCAUAUUUAAAGAUGCACAUCGACGAUUACUACAUGCCGGUCCUCAAGCGUUGCUGACACAUAUCAGGGAGAAGUAUUGGCCAAUAGCGAGGAGAAAUCUAGCUCGUCAAGUCACGCAUCAAUGCACCACAUGUUUUUGUCACAAGCCUAAGGGGAUUUCACCGCAAAUGGCUGAAUUACCGCGUGAACGGGUCUGUCCAGCGCCCAUCUUCUACAACGUGGGCACGGAUUACGUCGGACCGUUCCUGGUAAAAGAUCGCAAAGGCAGUGGAAGUACUAACUCGGAACUGAAUCGCUUGGGAGAGUUUCUCAGGACAAAUGAAGGCAAGUUACAAGAUCGUUUGAUGUCAGAAAGAAUUAAUUGGAGCUUUAUACCCCCUAUUUCGGAGGAAAUGGGAGGCUGGUGUAAAGGGUACUAA